AUGUUCAAGGGCACUAUUUCUAGAGCGCUCUUUACAAACACAUACCCCGGCAGUUUGAACCGGCUUGUGGUAAGCAGAUUUGCAUCCACUGUACCACCUUCCUCCUCAUCUACAACAAGUGCAACCUCCUUACAUAAUGAAUUGACUGCUUUGGAGAAGCAAGACGAGUUAAAUAGAAAACAAGUUGAGUUGGCAAAGGAGAAGGUUCAGAUGAAGAAGGUAAAACCUACUUCUCCUGGUUUAAGAUGGUGGAGGAAACCUAUUUAUCCGUAUCUAUGGAAGGGGAAACCAUACAAACCAUUAACUGUGACUAGGGUUGCCAAGUCAGGUAGAAACAACACAGGUAGAAUUGUCGUUAGACACCAAGGUGGUGGUGUUCAAAGAAGAAUCAGAAUUGUUGAUUACGAGAGAAAGACUCCAGGUCCUCAAACCGUUGUUAGAAUCGAAUACGACCCAAACAGAACAUCCCAUAUUGCACUUUUGAAACAUAACGAAACCGGCGAACACUCUUACAUCAUUGCAUGUGAAGGUUUAAGACCAGGCGAUCAAGUUGAAUCGUUCCUUGCUGGUAUUCCAAAGAGAUUUAUCGAGGAAAUGGGUGGUAAAAUUGAUCCUGCUUUAUUGUCCGUUAAGAUUUCAGGCAAGGGUAACUGUUUACCAAUUUCAAUGAUCACAAUUGGUACAAUUGUCCAUAAUAUUGGCGAGCACCAAAAGGGACCUGCUAAAUACUGUAGAGCUGCUGGUGCAUAUGGACGUAUAGUGUCUAAAUUGCCAGAGGAAAAUAGAGCGAUUGUGCAGUUACAAAGCGGUGAACAAAGAUAUGUUCAUUUGGAAGCUUGUGCAACUCUUGGUGUUGCUUCCAAUUCUGCCCAUCACAACGAAUCCCUUGGUAAGGCCGGCAGAAACAGACAUAAGGGUAUCAGACCUACUGUUAGAGGUGUGGCCAUGAAUACCUGUGACCAUCCUUUGGGUGGUGGUAGAGGUAAAUCCAAGUCCAACAAGCCUUCCAUGUCUCCAUGGGGUGUCCUAGCGAAAGGUGGGUUUAAGACCAGAAAGGGUAAGCAUGAAAACAAAAACAAGUUCAAAGACAGACCAAGAGGUGCUGCUAAUAAAUGA